AUGUCUGAGUCACCGAAGUCCGAGAAAUACAUGUUUCUCACUAGAUACAGCACACCUGUCCCCGAACUCGAUGACCACAGAUUUCAACUGGAUCCGCCUCGAAUGGACGCCGCACCCGAUGUGCCGCUUAGCCGGCAAAAUACCGCGCCGCAGUGUUUGCACCCAGAGACUCCCCAACGCCCAGACCUGCUCAUUAUACAGGACGCCCUGCGAGAGGCCGGGUCCUUUCGGCGCGACUUUGAGCAAGCAAUCGUCGACGACGAUCGAUCGAUUCAAGAUCUCACGGCACUGGGACGUCAUUUCUCUGUUGAUCCCAACGGCAAUGUCCGACAUGGUCGCACUUACAGCCGCACACAUCAGGAUUAUGCCAACUUGUCGCGCGAAUCAUCCGUAUCAGCUAGAUCAACCUCCCCGCCUAACUCGGUCGAGGCGUUCGCAGAUCCACGUCGCCGGGAACGGGCGAAUACCUUGGAGAGCCACGGAGCUCCUGAUAUUGAGGCCAUUCUUCAACGUACUGUUUCUGGCGGUACGCACCAUCGCCGUCCAACGUUCAGCAAUGCCAGUGUGAUACGUCCGCAGGCUGGGGAUACACAACUGGAGCCCACCGAUGAUGGCUGCGUGCCAACGUUCGAGCAGCCUGGCAGAAUCCCAGUCAUUGAUUACGAAGAGCUGGAAGAAUUUGUUGCACUCAGCCAGCAAGUGAAGCCCACAACAAGCAGACGUAAGCAUAGUCUGAGCUCACAGAGCAAGAAGCCGCGCAUUUUCUACGACCUUCGUGCGGGCGUUCAUAACUCCGACAGUGAUGGCACGAAACGAUCUUCAAGCACAGAGAAUUCAUCUGAUGAUAUACUGGAUUCAAUUUCCGCGAAGAAUGAGAAGCUAUUCGCGGAAGUUUCGAAUGAGAAGGAGUUACUUGAGAACAUGAAAAAUGAGAAUGAGCCCACCCGGUUUGGCUUUUUCUCUUCCGAAUCUCAAAGUACUGUGCAUGCUGCAGAGUUGGGUGACCUGGUCUUGCCUGGGGAUACUUUUCGUGAUCUCUUCCAGCUUGGCCCGGAAGGUGGCGUCUGGUGGCUUGACGUGUUGAACCCUACAGAAGACGAAGUGGGUGCUUUGUCCAGAGCUUUCUCCAUCCACCCUUUGACAACGGAGGACAUCCUAACCCAGGAAGCUCGUGAAAAGGUCGAACUUUUCAAGCAGUAUUAUUUUGUCUGCUUCAGGACAUUUUACCAGAUGGACAAAACCAGCGAGCAAUUCAUGGAGCCCGUGAAUUUCUAUAUGGUAGUCUUUCGCGAUGGAGUGCUUUCGUUCUCAUUUACUGAGAAUCCACAUGCAGCUAAUGUUCGGAAGCGAAUCGGAAAGCUUCGCGAUUAUGUCUCACUCAGCAGCGACUGGAUCUGUUAUGCCAUGAUCUUUGGUCCCGUGAUCCGUGAAAUAGAGGUCGAGUCGGAAGCUAUCGAGGACCUUGUUUUCAUUGCCCGUAUGGAUGAUUUUGAGUCCUUUUUACCACGCAUUGGUGGCCUUCGCAAAAAGGUCAUGAGUUUAAUGCGGCUACUGGGUGGCAAGGCCGAUGUUAUUCGGGGCUUUUCGAAACGCUGCAAUGAACAGUACUCAGUGACGCCUCGCGGUGACAUUGGCCUAUAUUUAGGCGACAUCCAGGAUCACGUCGUAACCAUGAUGUCUAAUCUGGCACAUUUUGAAAAAAUGCUUAGCCGGUCGCACACCAACUAUCUUGCGCAGCUGAAUGUGACCAACCUCAUGCUGGGUAAUCAUGUCAACAAAGUCCUCAGCAAGGUGACACUCAUUGCCACCAUGCUUGUGCCCAUGAACCUCAUCUGCGGUCUCUUUGGUAUGAAUGUGGAGGUCCCUGGACAACACACCGAGAGCCUUGCGUGGUUCUUUGGGAUCAUCGGCGUCAUUGGUGCUAUUAUCAUCAUUAGUAAACACAGUUCACAUGAACUUUUUUUGCUCCAGACAGAGGCCCACGGGACCAUAUACCUCGGCGAUGUCGACACACGGUUUGGGUUCCCACUGGAAUCAUAUAAUGGGCUGGAGUUUGAAGAAACUCGGGGACGAGAAUUAGACUUGAUCCGUCGAGCCCCAACGGGGGUGUCAUCCCUAGGAAACAACCAGUACCAGGAAGGCACGCUGAGAUUGGGUGAGACUCAGCAUUGGUAUUACCCUACAGAUUCGACCGCUGGCGAUAGCAGCAGCACCAACGAAACUACUUCGAAACGGAGCGAAGAUAUCGCAAAACGAUCGACGACCAUAUAUCUGUCCCUGACAGCCUGCUCGAAACCGAGUCUCAACAAAUCGGAAGAUGCGACCGGUUCCUCGUCCACUGUGCCACAACUGCAGGUCUUCGUCUCGCUGUCCGAAUCACUUGAGAAGCCCGGCCCCGACAAAGACAGUGCAGAACAACAGGUGUUUGUCGCGGAGGAGGGCUAUAUGGGCACGACUCUGGCAGCGGACGGGAAUGUGUAUAUCGGAGUCACCGCUCCCAAUAACACGCAGUAUUCGGGGUCGUACACGUACCAAAUCGCAGUAUCCACCGAUGCCUUUUUUCACGAUGUAAAUACCGAGGAUCAGCUUCUAUACCUGGUGGACUCGGAUACAAAAGCCGCACUCUUCACAACGAAAAACCUCACAGACACAGAUAUUGACGCCCAGGACAUCAGCAUAUGGAUGAACAAGACACCCCCGUACACAAUGUUUGCCAACAACUUGAACAGCACUGCAGUAUCGGGUCUGGAGCGAUCCUUUUGUGCCCUCGAUCGGCUUGCGCAGAUCGGUAUGAAGAACGUGGAGCCCAGUAUGACUACACGUGGUGACAAGUUCCGGCCCAAGGAGCAACUCUAUGCCACUGGCCUGAAUAAAAGCUCUACCUAUUUAGGGAUCCUCGCCCGAUACGGCAAUUCUACCAGUGCAGGUAAUGGGAUAAUAGGUGGCGGUGGGAAGGUUUGGAAGCCGAUGAAUUUUUCUACGAAGACAGAGGACAAUUGCGCGCUGGUGUACGACCUUUCAUUCUGUUCAGAAGUCGCCUAUGCCGUGCCAUCGAACUCGUCCGCUCAAACCCCGAUUUUACGCACAUUCUAUGACGACAAUGCCGCAUCUCUCUACCAAAAUUUCAAUUACUCCCUCCAACAGGUUCAGUGCAAUGCUUCCAGCGAAACUGUGUUUUCCCUCGCUGUCUCCUGCGACAGCUGCGCCGAGGCCUACAAACAGUGGGUUUGCGCUGUAACAAUCCCCCGGUGCCAAGACUUUUCGAGCACCGACUCCUUUCUUCAAGUCCGCAAUGCGGGCCAGGCAUUUUUAAACGGCACCUCCAUCACCAACAGUAGUUUAUUGACUAAUCCUGCCACAAAUCGAUCACGGAAUCCGUUGAUCGACACUGACAUCCAGCCGGGUCCCUAUAAAGAGAUCCUCCCCUGCCAGGACGUCUGCCACAGUCUCGUCCGAAACUGCCCGUCCGCUUUAGGCUUCAGUUGUCCCGUGGGGCAGUGGUUAAAUUCUUCCUAUGGGGUCCGGGACUCAAAUGGCGAUAUCACCUGCAGCUACUUGGGAGCUGCGUACUAUAUGAGUAUGGCGGCGGGUCUCCGUCACGAUGUAUGGAACGCUUUUUUUGCCCUGACCGCACUAUGGACCGCGCUGUGGGCAAUUGAAUAG